AUGCAUUCACCAACGUACGGAUCCGACCCGACAGCCCAACCAAACACAACCUUCGUGCAAGCCGACCCAUCAAACUUCCGAUCAGUCGUCCAAAAACUAACCGGAGCAUCCCAAGACCCAUCCGCCCAAAAACUCCCACUCACACUCCCAUCUCGUCUAACAUCAACAACCACCCAACCCCACCGUCCACCACCACCCACCGCCACCUCCGAACAACCAAAAAAACCCAACUUCAAACUCCACGAACGCCGCUCCAAAAAACUCCAACUAACCGUUUCCGAAACUCCCACGAUGUUCCAAAACAACAACAUCAUGAUGAUGUUGAUGAACCACAACAACAAUAACAACAACAUUAACAACAACAACAACGUUCGAAGUGUUGUUAUGGCUUCACCUGUUUCUCCAUUAGAAUAUUAUUUAUCACGUGGAAAUAAUCCAAAAUCACCAUAUGAAGAAGAUGAUGAAGAAGAAGAAAAAGUCAUAGCUGAAAAAGGUUUCUAUUUGCACCCCUCUCCUAGAUCCUCUCAACAACCACCUCAACUAUUACCUCUUUUUCCUUUGCAUUCUCCUUCUUCUCAAUCUCAUUCUUAA